AUGGCUGAAGCCAAGGAAAUAUGGUCAGCACCAAUAACCCCUAGAACAAUGGGAACGCCCUGUUGUGGCAUCUCCACCUGUUCAGAGAAUGGAGAUGCACCACAUCCUAAGAGUAAGACUCCUAAGACACCAAGAACCCCACUUAGGAUCUCUAAUUUGACUCCAAGAUUUAUCACCCCUUUGGGAAGCCCUAUGAGAAAAGCUCUUAGGUUCACUAAACUUGAUCCUCAAGAUGCUUGGCUUCCCAUCACUGAGUCUAGGAAUGGUAACAAGUAUUAUGCUGCUUUUCAUACCCUUUGUUCUGGGAUUGGAACUCAGGCUCUUGUUCUCCCUGUUGCCUUAACUGUUCUUGGUUGGGGAGAAAAUUGGGAAAUUGCUAGCUCUGUUCCCAAUAUUGUACCUAUCAGCUGGAACAUGCACCACACUGAUCAUCAUAACUGCAAGGACAUUUUAUCAAGUGGUGUGUGCUGUGGUGCUGUGGUGCUGUCACAGUUGCCAAACUUGAAUUCCAUUGCUGGGGGUGCCCUAGAUGGUGUGAACUAUGAUCCUAUAAGGGUUGGAAGCAGUGUUGAAAAUGCCUUUGGUGUGCUUAAUGCCUUAGGUAUCAUUGCCUUUGCUUUCAGGGGCCACAAUCUCAUCCUUGAAAUUCAGUCCACCAUGCCUUCAAGUGAGAAGCACCCAUCACACGUGCCAAUGUGGAAAGGGGUGAAGAUUCCAUCAAAUGGAGGAAUGCUGACAGCGCUAUACCAAUUCCAUUCCCAUGAUGUGUCAAGAUUUGUGCUGGGGUUAACAAGUUUUUUUGUGGUGGUGAAUGCUUUGUGCUCGUUUCAAAUCUAUGGGAUGCCAGCAUUUGAUGACAUGGAGUCACAGUACACGACAAGGAUGAAGAAGCCAUGUCCAUGGUGGCUACGAGCAUUUAUUCGUGUGUUAUUUGGGUUUAUGUGCUUCUUCAUAGGAGUGGCUGUGCCAUUUUUGUCUCAAUUGGCAGGGUUAAUUGGAGGAGUGGCAUUGCCUGUGACAUUCGCGUACCCUUGUUUUAUGUGGCUCAAGACAAAGAAGCCGAAGAAGUAUAGUUCAAUGUGGUGUCUGAAUUGGUUCUUGGGAACAUUGGGGGUGUGCUUGAGUGUGGUAUUGAUUGCAGCUAGUUUAUAUGUUAUCAUUGAUACUGGUGUUAAUGUGAGCUUUUUCAAUCCUCAAUAG